GCGCCCGGCCGUCAACCAUGUCAGGCAUGACGACGUACGGCCUGCAGCUCCGUCUAUAUAAGCAGCAACUCGCCAGCUAGCUAGCUCCACAAUCGCCUCAGAUCUCAAGCUCUCAACUCACCUCGCCUCGCAUCUCAAACACAAACAGUCUUCUCUUGUGGGUUGGCUUAAUUGCUAGAAGCCGGGUUCUAUCCAUGGCAAUGAUGGUGAAGGCCGUCUUCGUCGCCGUCGUGGCCGUGGCAGCGCUUGCGCAGCUCACCGUGGCAGUGGAUCACCCGGUGGGCGGGAGCGGCGCGACCUGGUCCACCAGCGGCGGCUACGACUCGUGGUCCGCGAAGCAGAAGUUCUCUCCGGGAGACAGCCUCGUAUUUUCGUACUCGCCGGCGCACGACGUCGUGGAGGUGAGCAAGGCCGACUACGACGCCUGCACGGCCAGCAAGGUCGUCGCCAGCUACACCGGCGGCAGCACCAAGGUCAAGCUCACCACCGCUGGGAAGCGCUACUUCAUCUGCAGCAUCGCCGGCCACUGCGACGCCGGCAUGAAGCUCCAGGUGAACGUUGCCGCCGCAACCGCCGCCCCCACCAAGCCCAGGGGCCAGAGGAGCGUCGCCCCUGUCGCCGCCCCGGUGCCGGCGCCGGAGGGGUCGGCCACAGACGAGCAGCUGCCGACAGUGUCGUCGCCAACGGGGACACAGGCGCCCAGUUCGCCUUCUGGCUCGGGCGCUGCCAGCAUCAGUGCAAGCGCUGCGGUGGUGCUCGCCAUGGGCAUGGCUGUGGCAUUGGCCAUGUGAGAGGGACCUCACCGAUCCAUGGGUACCAAGGCAUAGUUUUGGAGUGCUUAAGUCUUAAUCAUGUCGGUACAUUUGCGGAUUUGUUCUUGUUAUUCUUGACUCUCUGGCUGGCAGUGGCAUGCACAUUGCCUUCCCUGCAUGUUCCUUCCUUCCUACUACAGUGUUAUCAGGGUUCAGUGUACUACUGUACAAUUUAUUUGUUGUAUUUGUCUGUCGAAGAAUAAAUACAAUUCACAUUCUUUA